AUGCCACCAGUCAACACCAUCAAAGUUAAUGUCAAAUGGAGUGGCAAGAAGUUUGACGAUAUUGAGCUUAACCUUGACGAGCCAGGUCUGGUCUUUAAGGCACAGCUGUUUGCUCUGACAGGAGUGGAGCCCGACAGACAAAAGAUCAUUGCUAAAGGUGGAACGCUUAAGGAUGAUACCGACAUGAACAAGCUCGGCCUCAAACCUGGCCACAUAUUCAUGAUGAUGGGAACUGCAGGCGAGCUCCCCAAAGCACCAGAAAAGAAGAUCCUUUUUGCUGAAGAUAUGACGGAAGCAACACUGAACAAGGCGAUGGAUAUCCCAGUUGGAUUGACAAACCUGGGCAACACUUGCUACAUGAAUGCUACUCUCCAAUGCCUCCGUGUCGUCCCCGAAUUGGUCGAGGACCUUCAAAAGUACUCUGGCGGCACUGACAACCUAGAUGCUGGAAGCAAUAUGACAGCAUCUUUGAGAGACUUGUAUAGACAGCUCAACGCAUCGGGACAUGGUGUCAUGCCCAUGGGAUUUCUCACUUACCUGCGAAAGGCAUUCCCUCAAUUUUCGCAGCAAGGACGUGAUGGCGUGUGGAUGCAGCAGGAUGCGGAAGAAUGCUGGAGUCAGUUGAUCUCAACCCUGAAGGCAAAGCUCCCCCCUCAUAGCGAGGGCAAGCAGAAUGUUAUCUCGCAGUUCAUGCAGGGCGAAUUCACAACAACGCUGAAGUGUGAUGAAGCACCAGAAGAGGAGGCGAUCGUAAGCAAAGAACCCUUUUCGAAGCUGGACUGUCAUAUUUCAAGCAAUGUAAACUAUCUCCACAAUGGAAUCAUGGAGUCUCUAGAUCAAAAAAUUGAAAAGAACUCUCCUACGCUUGGUCGGUCAGCCAUCUAUUCCAAGUCACAGAGGAUCUCCCGCUUGCCCGGCUACUUGACUAUCAACUUUGUCCGCUUUUUCUGGAAACCAACUGAGCAGGUCAAAGCCAAGAUCCUGCGUAAGGUCAAAUUCCCGUUCGAACUCGAUGCUUCGCAGUUUUGCACACCAGAACUGCAGGCAAAGCUGAGCAACACAAAAGUCAAGCUGAGAGAGCUGGACAAUGCUGAGACGGCAUUGAAGCGACGCAAGCGCCUGGAAAAGGAAUCCGGCCGCAUGGAGACGGAUGAAGUUUCGGAUGAGCAAAAGGCUGUGGAGACAGCGCAGGUGGCACUGGAGGAAUCGUUGGAUCCUGAAUUGGUUCAGGACAUUGGAUCGAAUCCCUCUGGGCAGUACGAGUUAGCAGCGGUCCUUACACAUAUCGGACGAACAGCAGAUUCAGGACAUUACAUUGGAUGGGCUAAGAAGGGCGAGACGGACGAGUGGUACAAGUACGACGACGACAAGGUUUCGCCGAUUCCAAAGGAAGAUGUCUUGAAGCUGGAUGGCGGAGGAGACUUCCAUGUCGCUUACCUGGCGCUGUACCGUGCAAGGUCAUUCAAGGUCAAGAAAGAAGAGAAGGCUAAAAUUACGCAGGCAUAA